GUCCUGCAUCCUCAGUGAGGUGUCCACGCGCUCCCGCUCUAAGCUACCUUCGGGGAAGAACGUCCUCCUGCUGGGUGAAGACGGAGCAGGUAAAACUAGCUUAAUAGGAAAAAUUCAAGGCAUAGAGGAAUACAAAAAAGGAAGAGGAAUGGAGUAUUUGUAUUUAAAUGUGCAUGAUGAAGAUCGAGAUGACCAAACAAGAUGUAAUGUAUGGAUUUUGGAUGGUGACCUGUAUCACAAAGGUCUUCUUAAAUUCGCAAUGGAGGCAAGCUCUCUAAAGGACACUCUAAUUAUGUUGGUGGUAGACAUGUCUAGGCCUUGGACUGCACUGGAUUCUUUACAAAAAUGGGCAAGUGUUGUAAGAGAACAUAUUGACAAGUUAAAAAUUCCUCCCGAAGAAAUGAAAGAAAUGGAACAAAAGUUGGUAAGAGACUUCCAGGAAUAUAUAGAACCAGGCGAGGAUUUUCCAGCUUCUCCACAGAGAAGAAAUACAUCAUUACAGGAAGACAAAGAUGACAGUGUGAUUUUACCCCUGGGUGCAGAUACACUAACAUGUAACUUAGGCAUUCCAGUAGUAGUAGUUUGUACAAAGUGUGAUGCCAUCAGCGUUCUGGAAAAAGAACAUGACUACAGAGAUGAACACUUUGACUUCAUUCAGUCACAUAUCAGACGGUUUUGCUUACAGUAUGGGGCAGCACUUAUUUACACUUCAGUAAAGGAGAACAAAAACAUUGAUUUAGUGUAUAAAUAUAUAGUCCAGAAGUUGUAUGGAUUUCCUUUCAAUGUUCCAGCUGUUGUUGUGGAAAAAGACGCUGUAUUUAUUCCUGCAGGUUGGGAUAAUGACAAGAAGAUAGGAAUAUUGCACGAGAACUUUCAGACACUAAAAGCAGAAGACAGUUUUGAAGAUAUCAUAACAAAACCACCAGUCAGAAAGUUUGUUCAUGAAAAAGAAAUUGUAGCAGAAGAUGACCAAGUAUUUCUUAUGAAGCAGCAGUCACAGUUGGCGAAACAACCACCUACUGCUGCAGGAAGGCCAGUGGAUGCCUCUCCAAGAGUUCCUGGAGGAUCUCCUAGGACACCAAAUAGAUCCGUAACGUCAAACGUUGCCAGUGUUACACCUAUCCCUACUGGGUCAAAAAAAAUUGAUCCCAAUAUGAAAGCUGGAGCUACUAGUGAAGGAGUCCUGGCUAACUUCUUCAAUAGUCUCCUGAGCAAGAAAACUGGUUCCCCUGGUGGCCCUGGUGGUGUUGGUGGCAGUCCAGGAGGAGGUGGCACUGGAGGUGCUGGCAGCAACUUACCAUCAUCAGCAAAAAAGUCAGGUCAGAAGCCAGUUUUAACAGAUGUUCAGGCAGAAUUGGACAGAAUUUCACGAAAACCUGAAAUGGUAUCUCCUACAACACCUACAUCUACAGAAGGUGAAGCAUCUUGAAGACACCAAAUAAAACCAAUUGUUCAGUUUUCUGGGAUAAUUAAAACUUGCCUCUGCCUCUUCCUUCAGUGACUGGAACUAAAGAACUGAAUUAUCUUUCAGAACACAGUUGAUGUCUGUCUUUCUUUCAUAUGUGUUGCCCAACUUCACAAAAGGGAGCUGUACAGAUGGAAAAUGGUUAUCACAUCAUGUAGGAGUACUGUUCACAGUGAAAGAAUAGUAAAUUAAUUUUUUCUGGGUUUUGUUGAAAAGUUGGUAUAAUUCUGUAAAAUUGCAAGUAUGUCCACUUAAGUGAUAGGGGUUGCUUAGAGCAGGAAAACUGAAACACACCACAGGCACUUAAUUUAUAUUGAUUUCCCAACCUGUUAGGCAAGUUUAAUACCAUCUUAAGUAGAUAAACCUCUACAGGAGAGAAAAACUACUAGUUUUUGGAAGAGAAAAUUAAUUGCACAAAACUAUAACAACAACAAACUGAUUACACUUGAAUGCUUCAUUUGGAGUAUGGUUAAAAAAAAUAAUCUGUUUGAUCUCCUCUGAGAUUUACACUGCAUUCAAAAACCCAUGCAAAAAUUCAUUCCAGAUAUAAGACUAAAUUACUGGCCAGGUUUUUUUGUUUCUUCUUUGAUUAAUUUCAGACACUGAAUAAAAGAUAUAUAAAGAAAAAGCAGAGGUUCAAUGUACAGACUAUCAGUAUCUGGAUUUGUCUAUAUAUAUAUGGCUCAGCCUUAAUGUCCCCCACUAUGUUUCCCACAUUAGUUACGGUUUAAAAUUGGUCAUCAAAACUGUAAUCAGUUAAUAAAGUAUUCUCUGCAUUCAAAUUUAAAUAACUUU